AUGCUGCGUCACCCUGCCCUCCCUGAGAACCUGCGCGAGGUCGUCUUCGCGCAGCUUGCCGACACGGAGGGCGAGCUGGCCUACGCGCGUGCCGUGCGCGAGAUCAUCUGGGCCUGGUUGGAGGACGCCGGCGCGCUGAGGGAGGAUGGAACUGUCGACGUCGUGCUGCUCGACGAUGCGACCCGUAUGCGCUGUCUGCGAUAUUAUACGCUGCUAUGCGGGUAUCUGCCGGAGCGCCCGAGCAAGGAGGUCGUCGAGCUGCUCAAGGAGCUCUCAUAUAGGUUCGUCGCGAUCGAGGCGGGGCGGAAGGGGAAGGCGGACGGCCUCGCGCCCGCUACGAUGUUCUGUCUGUUGCAUUUGCCCACUGCCAAACUCGCCGCCGGCCCCUUCUCGAAGGAACUCGCCGAAGAGGCGACCGACCCGCGCGUGCGCAUCGAGCUCAUCCAGUGCGUGGCGGACAUGUACCGCGUUUGGGGGGACAGGCUCGACGUGGUGGAUGAGCGGACGGGAAAGGCUUGGACGAGGCUGGACUGGACGAACUACUGGGUGCACGUCCUGGAGAACACGACAGAUCCGGAGGCGCUGGCGAUGCUGGCACAGGCGCUGAUCAAGAUCACCUGGGACCGGCGGGAGUUGGUGGGUGCGCGACAGAUGAUGAAGAACCUUGUCGUCCUCUACGCGGUUCACGCGACGGGGAACAAUCAGGCGUUGAUCCAGCCGCUGCAGUUCUUCCUCAGGAGCUACAGCCACUCGGGCGCGGUGAGGCAGGAUGUGGUGCGCGAGGUCUUUCUGGACGCGUACAUAUACACGUGCGAGCUGUAUCACGAAGACUCGGUCCAUCAGAAACCACUCAGUCCGGACGCCUUGAUCAACUGUUACCUCGAGUGGACAGACAGCUCGCGUGUCAUCAGGACCGACAGCGGCGUGAACAAAGCCGACGACGCUGUGCAGCUGCGCCUAGCGAUUGACAUUGCGUACGCGCUCCUCGGUCGGCGCGGUCCUUCAGAAGAACGGCAUGUUAUUACGCGAGAGGCCGACAGGCGCCCGCUCGCGCUCAUGCUGCCGCAUCUGACUUUCCCCGAGCCCGAGGACGUCGACCUCUACCAGAUCUGCUCGCUCGAGCUGCUGCUGGAGAACCUGGUCACCGACCGCUACGGCCCGAAGCACAAGGACGCCAAGAACGCGGUCGCGGCGCUGAAGAAGCGCGUGCAGAGCAAGUACAAGAAGCAGCUGGAGUCGCUGACGAGGGAGGAGUGGCGGGAGUUGGUGGAGUUUCGCGAGUUGUUUGAGUUUUUGGAUACGUUG